CUGGAUCCACCACCUCGAUCCUUUCAGCCAAGAAAGCAAGAAUUUUAGCUGGUCCUUUAUGAAUCAUCAGUAGUAUUGUGUAUACUAGAGGGCAGUAGGAGUUUGGAUCCGAGAUGAGGGGCAGAAAUGAUGGGGGGCAGAGCAAGAGGCCUAUCGUGCUGCUCUGUGUGAUGGUUGUGUGCCUCUGCCUCCUCUUCUUGUAUUUCUCUGGCUCCAAUGGGCAGGCUGGGAGUACCGCGUUAGAGUAUGGGACCAAGUUCUCGCGCUCGCUUGGGUGGGGCAGCGAUGGGGACAGUGAUGACGGCUCAGAGGAGUCCAUAUUUGGCACCGGUGAUGAAGAUGAUGUUAAACUGAAGAGCUUUCCUGUGUGUGAUGACCGGCAUUCUGAGCUGAUCCCCUGCUUGGAUAGGAACUUGAUAUAUCAGAUGAGGAUGAAACUGGAUUUAAACCUGAUGGAACACUAUGAGAGGCACUGCCCUCCUCCUGAAAGACGCUUGAACUGCCUUAUUCCCCCACCACAUGGCUAUAAGGUUCCCAUAAAAUGGCCAAAAAGUCGCGAUAUUGUGUGGAAAGCAAACAUUCCUCACACUCACCUUGCACAUGAGAAGUCAGACCAGAAUUGGAUGAUUGAUGCAGGUGAGAAAAUCAAAUUUCCAGGUGGUGGAACACAUUUCCAUCAUGGAGCUGACAAAUAUAUAGCAAACAUAGCAAAUAUGCUAGACUUCAAAGAUAACAAUAUUAACAAUGAGGGAAUGCUUCGUACAGUUCUGGAUGUUGGUUGUGGAGUUGCUAGUUUUGGAGGAUAUCUGCUUUCAUCUAAUGUGAUAGCUAUGUCUUUGGCACCAAAUGAUGUACAUCAGAACCAGAUUCAGUUUGCUCUUGAAAGAGGGAUCCCUGCAUAUCUUGGUGUUUUGGGAACAAAAAGACUUCCAUACCCUAGUAGAUCCUUUGAAUUAGCCCAUUGUUCUCGUUGUAGGAUUGACUGGCUUCAAAGAGAUGGGAUUCUUCUUCUUGAGCUAGAUAGGUUACUCAGGCCUGGAGGUUACUUUGCUUAUUCAUCUCCUGAGGCAUAUGCACAGGAUGAGGAAGAUCGCAGAAUCUGGAAAGAAAUGAGUUCCCUUGUAGAGAGGAUGUGCUGGAAAAUUGCAGAGAAAAGAAACCAGACAGUUAUUUGGGUCAAGCCUCUAAACAACGACUGCUACAGGAGUCGACCACCUGGUACAAAUCCACCUCUAUGCAAAAGGGGUGAUGAUCCAGAUUCAGUAUGGGGAGUGCAAAUGGAAGCUUGCAUUACACCCUAUCCAGAACAAAUGCACAGAGAUGGGGGAAGUGGACUGGCUCCUUGGCCUGCUCGAUUAACGACUCCACCUCCCCGUCUUGCUGAUCUGUAUGUUACUGCUGACACAUUUGAAAAAGAUACAGAAAUGUGGCAGCAAAGAGUAGACAAGUACUGGAGUUUGUUGAAACCAAAGGUAAAACCAGACACUAUUAGAAACAUCAUGGACAUGAAAGCAAACUUUGGGUCAUUCGCAGCUGCUCUCAAGGAAAAGGAUGUAUGGGUGAUGAAUGUUGUGUCACAUGAUGGACCAAGCACUCUCAAGAUAAUCUAUGAUAGAGGGCUGAUAGGCUCCACUCAUGACUGGUGUGAAGCAUUCUCAACCUAUCCUCGAACAUAUGAUCUUCUCCAUGCAUGGACAGUCUUCUCCGACCUUGACAAGAGAGGUUGCAGCGCGGAAGAUCUGCUCCUUGAAAUGGACCGCAUCCUUAGACCUACUGGAUUUAUCAUAGUGAGAGACAAGGGCACUGUUAUUGAAUUCAUCAAGAAAUACCUCAGCGCGCUCCACUGGGAAGCAGUAACUGUUGUAGAUGCCGAGCCAAGUCCAGAAUCAGAGGAGAAUGAAAUGAUCUUCAUAAUCCGGAAGAAAUUGUGGCAGCCAGGAGGCUCACAGGACCCCAAAUAGUCUUUUCUCUUUGAGUCCAUUUCGCAUCGUCAGAAUCUGCAGCUCAGAAAGCCAAGAAGCGAGGCUCGGCUGCCCCCUCCAGAAAUAGAUUCCAGUUUAUGAUUUCUAGCCCUACUACCCACGUGAAGAUAGAUAAGUUAUCAGCAUAUGGCAAAUAUCUCUAGCAGGCUAAGCUAAGGCCUAUUUUUUGUUUCUACAGAUACUGCAAUUGUUAAUUGAUGUUUGUUCUCUAGUCUUGUUAGGAAAUAAAGAUAUUCUUUUUGUCCUGAGCUUCAUUUAGGUGUUCCAUGUCCAUUUGGAAGUCUUCUGUAGUGAUCAGAUUUGGUUACUGUAAGAAACUUAAAUUGUAAACAGAUUUUGGUUAUGAGCAUAGCCAGGGGCCUCAAGGCUGCCCAACAUUCCACUGCAUC